AUGGAUGUUAUUGCAUUGAAUAUAUUUGCAGAUGUACCUGUUGUUACAAAAUGUUGGACUAUAGGUUGCAUCACUGUCCUAAUAUUGACAUCAUUAAACCUAAUCGAUCCCGCUAAACUAAUAUAUAGUUAUGAUUUAGUUUUUAAAAAAGGGCAAUACCAUCGAAUACUCCUGUCUGUAUUUAAUUAUGGUACUUUAACAUGGGCUACGAUUGGUAAUAUUUUGGUAUCGGCAAAUCAUCUUUCAUACCUCGAAUCAUCAUACAAUGAACGUCGCAGAUUCAUGUGGUUAAUUACUUUACUUCUAACAUUAAUAAUUACAAUGACUCGAUAUGUUUUACCGAUGUCAUCUUUAGGAAUGAUCCUCCAUGAAAAUUUAGUGAAUUUCCAUUUUAAAAAACAUGCAGAUGAGAUGAAUGGUGGAGCGGUUGGUGGAUUUAUAAUUGCAACACCACUUUUACCGUAUCUGAUGUACUUUAACAUGUAUUUUUCUCAAGGAUUAUCUCUUUUGGAGAUCAGCAUAAAUUUUUUACCUGCACAUCUCGUUUAUUAUUUAGACGAUAUUGUAGGUAAAUUAUAUGAUAUAGAUCUAAUGAAACCACCUUAUGACAUGUGGUUGUCCUUUCAAAAUUGGAGAUUAAAUGAUAAUACAACCAGUGAACAUAAUGGCAAUAAUGCUGAAGGGAUAAACUAA